UAGGAUAAUAACUUACAGGUAAUGCAGGCGCGUCAGAGUUCGGAAGCCUCCGCUGGGAGUAGAUGAAGGUCCAAAUCAUUCGUCUCGCGAUAACACCCGUCUCCUCCGAGACCUUCCUCCAGCAGCGGUCGUACCAGCAAGAAAAGAGUUUUGAGGGAACAUGUCUGAGCCGGUGACAUCACUCAUGGCUCUUCACUCAGAGUCACAUAAGGACAGCAUCCUGAGCAAGUUCAACAAUCUCCGGAAAAAGGAUUUAUUGUGUGACAUCACUCUCAUUGCAGAAAAUGUGCACUUCAAAGCGCACAAAGCCCUGCUGGCGGCGAGUAGCGACUACUUCUCCAUUAUGUUCACAGCAGAAGAUCAGCUUAAUCAGUCGACCUACCGACUGGAUGGGAUGGCAGCAGAGGCUGUGGCAGCGGUGCUAGAGUUUAUCUACAGAGCCCAGGUGUGUGUGCAGAAAAGUGCGACAGAGCAACUUCUGGCCACUGCUCAUCAUAUGGGGGUCAGCGACCUCGUAACAGUGCUCACUGAGCUCAUCAACACACGUGUCACUGCAGAGGUCAGAGGUGAGGAGAUCAAGGCAGAUGAAUCCGUAGUGUCGGGGCAGUUAAAACGUAAAAGAGGACGGCCAAAGAAAAGUGUGGACAUGUCAGCGGGAAGCCAUGCUCUCUGUGAAAACUCAGAGGAAGGAGCACUUGGAAAUGUGGACUGCAGGGAUGGAAAUCUGGAGUGGCAAAUUAAAGACGAUGCGGAUCAUAAUCCAGCGGCACAUCAGAGCCAGCUUUGCAAACGCAAAAUUAGACCACCGCAGAAAUAUAAGAACUACAAGAUGGGAAGUGACACAGCAGGAAGGAAAGAGCCUGGAAAAAGAAGUUGGAAGAGGAAAUACCCCAACACCGAGGCACGGUGUGAUGACUGUGGCAAAGUGUUUAAAAAACAUGUGUUUUUAAAGCUGCACCAAAAGACUCACACAGGAGAGAAGCCUUUCAGCUGCCUGGUUUGUGGAACAGGUUUCACCCAGAAACACACGCUCCUGGUUCAUCAGCGCAUACACACUGGAGAAAAGCCAUUUGUGUGCACCGUCUGUUCCAAAGCACUGGCCACCAAACAUUCCCUACAGGAACACAUGAACCUUCAUGAAGAAAAGAAAUCCUUUAGCUGUGAUAAAUGCGGGAAGGCCUUCACUCAGAAGAGGCAACUGAAGAGCCAUUACAGAGUUCACACAGGCAAAUCAUUUCCUGAAUGUGCUGUGUGUCAUCACAAGUUCAUGGACACGGCCCAGCUGAAAAAGCACUUGAGAAUUCAUACAGGAGAGAAGCCGUUCACAUGUGAGAUCUGCGGAAAGUGUUUUACAGUCAAAAACACGCUGCAGACGCACAUCAGAAUUCACAGAGGUGAGAAGCCGUAUAAGUGCAGCAUAUGCAGCAGAGCGUUUUCAGAUUCCAGUGCGAGGCGACGGCACGUCGCAUCACACUCGGGGAAGAAAGCCUUUACUUGCUUCCUCUGCAACCUGUCCUUUACCCGCCUGGACAAUCUGAAAACACACACCAAAACCCACACCAAAGAGAGAGUCACAACAGCGGAAGUACCAGAUGAGGUGCGCAGCAUUUUGCAGCUGCAAGAAUAUGAGAUUCCCCCCAACUCUGAACAGCAAAUCCAGCUGGUGGUGACAGAAGACAACAUCGAUUUAGUCCCAGGCCAAGACCAGAUCAGCAUCAUCACCACAGAGGACAUGCCGGCAGACCCAGCAAACUCUAGACUCACCCUCCUCACCCAGCCAUCAGGACAUGUGCAGAAUGUGACUCUGGUCUCUGAAAGCAGCAUGGUGGACCAGACUUCUCAGAUCCACACGCUCGGUGUGGUGGAUGGACAGAUACUGCACAGCGCUCAGCCUGAGCAGAUGCACGUUAUUACUUUAAGUAAAGAGGCAAUGGAGCACCUGCAGGCCCAGCACGGCCCUCCACAGCCCCUUCAGAUGGCGCAAAGGCCCAUCCAGCAGCUGCAGGUGAUGCACCAGUCGAUCCCCUCACAGGGACAGGGGGGGCGGGACCAACAGAACCAGGCCAUUCGCAUAAGCAGCCAGAACAGCCAGCCCAUCUCCAUCAGUCAGACCAGUGAGCACAUCUCCAGCCACCACAUCCAGGGUCAGACCUUCCAGAUCCAGGCGGGCACGGUGUCCUACCUGUACACCACCGGGCUUCCACAGGAGAGCUGACCGUUAAGACCAUGUGGCCAACCAGCUGAUAAAACUGGUGCACUUGAAUGAGUACAGCAGUGCACACCUUCACAAAGGGACAACAGUGUGAAGUUUAAAAUGAAGAAUGCUGUUGAUUAUGUUUGAACAGACUAUACAGUGGCUCCAGUCCAAAAACAUUGACAUCGACAUCCAUUGGAUUCUAUGACAUGUAACAUGAUAACUAAGCAUGACAUAUGGUGCAAACUACGUAUUCCUUUUUAAAAUCCUACUAACUAUUAAGGAGGUGCCCCCUUAAUAUAUAUUUACUGUUCAGCAAUUUGUGUUAAAGGGGGCUUGCGUCAUACGAUGCGGUUGUCAGAGGUGAGCAGAGCACUCUGAGGUGUGUCUGCAGACCAAGUUUUAUUCCCCCUAUUCUGUUUCUCAAUUAUUUUUUUCAGAUCACAUCAAAUCAGUUUUAUUUAUAUAGCGCUAAAUCACAACAGCUGCCCCAAGGCGCUUUAUAAUGCAAGACAAAAGCCAUACAAUAAUCACAGAAAAA